GGUUCGUCCCACACAGAUUUGUUGCAUAUCCUCUGAAGCUGUAUUAGCAAGCCGGAUAUCUUGUUUUAUUCAUCAUAGUCUGGAAUGUUGAUGAGGAUUAUAUUAUAGUGGUACUUCCUGUAGUUUGUCCUCUCAACUUAGUAGUUUAGAACAAGACCAUGAAAUUCUAAAAAGACAGCAACCAUGGGAAUAAAAGAAGGACAAAAAGACCCUGCUACGCAUUGCUUCGACCAGUUCUGCCAUGCGAGCACCUUGCGUGGCAUCAUCAAUGCAUUCCAUCAACUCUGUGAUGUUGUCGGGGUCGACCAGAAAGAUUACACCAACUUUUAUUGGAACAUUCGCUCGAAGUUGACAUCAUGGAAAGCCAAGUCGUUGUGGAGCAAAUUGGACAAACGAGCGAUGCAGAAGGAGUAUAAGAGGGGGACAGCAUGCGCAGGGACAAGGGUACUGGUGAUAGGCGGUGGACCAUGUGGACUGCGGGCAGCAAUAGAGGUCGCCCUGCUCGGAGGGAAAUGUGUCUUGUUGGAGAAGCGUGACCGCCUGUCGCGUAACAAUGUGCUCCAUCUCUGGCCCUACCUCAUUCAUGAUCUGAAGAGUUUGGGCGGCAAGAAGUUCUACGGAAAGUUCUGUGCUGGUGCCAUUGAUCAUAUUAGUAUACGUCAAUUACAGUGCAUGCUGUUGAAGGUCGCCCUUCUGUACGGUGUGGAAAUCCAUAUCAACACAUCAUUCGAGGGCCUAAUUGAGCCAACUGAAGACACAAACAAAGAGAAAGUUGGUUGGAGAGUUGCCACGAGUCCUAAAGAUCACCCAGUAUCCGAGUAUGAAUUUGAUGUCCUCCUCGGCGCUGAUGGGAAGAGGAACACAUUGGAUGGCUUCAAGCGGAAGGAAUUCCGUGGAAAACUUGCCAUUGGUAUUACCGCGAACUUCAUCAACUGGCACACACAGGAGGAGGCCAGGGUCGAGGAAAUCAGCGGAGUGGCCUUCAUCUUCAAUCAGAAAUUCUUCAAAGACCUGAAAGACGACACAGGCAUUGAUCUUGAGAAUAUUGUCUACUAUAAAGAUGAAACCCAUUAUUUUGUUAUGACGGCCAAGAAACAGAGCUUGUUACAUAAAGGAGUCUUGAUAAAGGAUUACCAAGAUGUUGCCCGACUACUCUCACGUGAAAAUGUCAAUCAGGAGGCGCUACUUGGCUAUGCCAAGGAGGCGGCCAACUUCUCCACCAAUGGUCAGCUCCCUGUACUAGAAUACGCCAAGAACCAUUUUGGACAAGCAGACGUGGCUAUGUUUGAUUUCACAUCGUUAUUUCAAGCCGAGAACGCCUGUCGCAUAAUUCAACGGCGAGGGUAUAAACUCCUUGUUGGUUUGGUCGGUGACAGCUUGCUUGAGCCUUUCUGGCCUACUGGAUCUGGCUGUGCCCGGGGCUUUCUAGGUUCUAUGGAUGCUGCGUGGAUGAUACGAUCGUUCGCCUCAGGGGAAAUGACACCGCUUGAAGUGAUAGCAGAAAGAGAGAGUAUAUACCAGAUGCUCUCUCAAACCACCCCAGAAUCACUCAACAAAGAUUUUAACCAGUACACUAUUGAUCCCCGCAAGAGAUAUCCUAAUCUUUCCUCUGGCUUCUUCAAGCCACACCAGUGUCAGUAUUUAUUUGACUGUGAUGAUGCUGCCUACAUGCAUGAGAUUGUGUCGAUUCCAACCAACCGGCGAAACAGUAUUGAUUUCAUGGGUGAUUAUGACCGGAUGCUAAAGUGGUUCCAGAAACAGCUUGAUGGUUACAAAGACUUGGUGAAGAUCUGCGACCUGUCAGCAUCUUGGAAGAGUGGAUUUGCAUUCUGUGCUCUCAUACAUCACUUCAGGCCAGAACUUCUGAAUGUUGAUGAUCUUCCCAAGGACGAUGACAAAGCUGUCUGUCAGAAGGCAUUUGAUAUAUUCGAGAGAGAGUUUGCCAUCCCACCGAUCAUGACAGCCCACGACAUGGCAGACAGCCUGAAAGCUGACAAGUUGGGUCUGUGGUCUUACCUCUCUCAAAUAUUUGAUUGUUUCAAGACUGAUAAGCUGAGUGCCAAGAGUCCUGAUACCCUGACGUCUGAAGAAGCUGCCUCAAUACGCCGCGGCACACCGAGCCAGAGGUUACAUUUACUGUCCAAACUCAAUAAGAUGCACAGAAAAAGCAAGGAGAGGAAGGACAAGGAGAAUGUCCAUGCAGAGACAUUCAGUCCCAUCUUUGGUAGCAGAGCGUUGAGUAGGAAACGCUUCAGAGAUCUCCCGAAGGAGGAUGAUGGACUGCAUGACAUUGAUGAGACAAUGGCAGAUGCCAAGAGACAGCUGGAGGUCAUCCCUGGUAAUAUGGCACCUGGAGUGAGAGGGCAGAAUAAAGUGAGCGACCUGGCCGAACGGCUCUUCAUCAACCCACCUGAAUACAGAAAAGUAGAGCUUCCUGAAUCAAAACAAGGCAAUUUCUUUGUAAACGACAUGAGGGACAAGCUAUUCUUGCCCCCAAAACAAGAAGAUAUUGAGCUGAAUCCAGACGAAAUCAUCCAAAUACAGUCGUACCGUAAAGGCUUGGCCCCGACUGCCAACAUUAGUAACCUUGCCCAGCAACUGUUUGGUGCGGAAGACAAGGAGAAGGAGAGACCACCACUCAAACAACAACAAAAGAAGGCGAUUCCAGGUGCGGGUGGCCUGGUCAGUACCCUGCUCAACUUCGACUCGAAAACUGUCAACAGUGAUGUGUGUUACUUCUGCCAGAAGCGUGUUUACGUCAUGGAGAAGAUUAGUGCCGAGGGCUACUUCUUCCACCGCGGCUGUCUACGUUGUGAUUACUGCAAUACGGUUCUACGCCUCGGGAACUACGGGUUUAAAAGGAAUGAAGAUGAUGAAGGGAAAUUCUAUUGUUUUCAACAUCUUGGUCUCAAGAAGCCUUCACCGCGCAAGAGGAUGACUGCUGAGGAUAGACGAAAGAACCUGGAGGAGGUCAAGGCCAAGAUCGCGACGAUGGCACCAAAGCCUCCAGUCUGUCAUGCGGCGUUCCCUCCAUUCAGACCAGAAGGCAGGAUCAGUGCACCAAAGGAUACCAUUGAUGGCUUUGUUUCACCAUCGUUCAUACCAUGCACGCCUGAGAGAGUUGAGUUUGAGAACAGCCUUGAUCAGGAGGACUUUGAAGAGAUUGAAGUGGCAGACAGUCUGCGUGACACACUUUCGUCUCGAGGUCACAGCAUCGGGGGCAGUGAUGAGGAAAGCUCAGAGGGAGAGGCUAGCGAUGUCUCUGACCUGUCAGAGAGUGAGAUCAUUGCUUUCAUUGGUAGCAGCGAGGAGGAUGACGACAUCAACAUCUCUAGCCUCGAUGAGGAGGAGUACCCUGAGACAUGGGAGGAGGCAUACAACAGUCUCAAGAAGAAAAAGCCAGUGGAGAGUGAUGAUGACGGAACUGAGAGUGAAGAUAUUGAUUAUGACUCUGAAGAUUACGAGGACGAAGAAGAAGAAGAGGAAGAAGAAGAGGAAGAAGAAGAGGAAGAGGAAGAUGAUGAAGAUGAAGACAUUAAAGCAGACGACAAAACAAAGGCAGAAAUAUCUCAAAAGAGGCCAGAAUCAAAAGAGACCUUAAAACCACCGGCACCACCACAGAAAGAGACCACCCCUACCUCCAAGGCUAAGUCGAACUUCUUUGGUCAGACGUCGGAACCCGUAAGGAUUGAUCCUUGGUCGUUCUUCCGCAGGACAGGGCUAGCGAAAGAGGAGCCCAAGCCAGAGGAACCAAAAGAGGAGCCAACGGAAAAGGUGGAGGAAACACCUGACAGUGCAGUUGAAAUUGUUGAUGUGGAUCUCGGUGAAGCAGACAACAAAGAUGAGACUGUGCUGCCACCUGGUGAUGGGGAAAAGAAACAGACAGAUGAGGAGGAUGAAGAAAGUGAGGAGGAGGAUGAUUAUAAUGAGGAUGAUGAGAGUGAGGAAACCGAUGAAGAUGGUGUUGAUUAUGUUGACAGAGAGGGCAUGGUCAGGGUUGCAAGUGGAGAGGAAUCUUCUGGAAGAGAAGACCUUGACACUGACCUUGGAAGGUCAGAUGUGCUGGAACAGGUAAAGCAGACGGUCUCCUCGGGGAAGGAGAGCUCUGAAGCUGAUGAAUCAACAGAAACUGAAAGGGAGAUUUCUACGGAACGGGAGAUUUCUACAGACAGGGAGAUUUUGAAACGGCCGGUUUCUUUGGAGCGAGAGGAUUCCAUGGAGCAAGAUGUGACUGAAUGGAUCAAAUCAAAAACAAAGUCAAAAGAGAAUUUGUUGGAAUUGGAAGAGAAAGGUUCUGAUACUCAAGCGGAACCAAUGGAAACUGAAGCAGGCGAUACAGGGUUUUGUGCUUGGAAUGCAGAAGCAGACGAUAUUGGGUUUGUUGUUGUGGAAACACCAGCAGAUGACACUGGUGUUUGUGGUUUGGAAACCGAAGCAGACAAAGUUGAACUGAUGGGAAAGUUUGAUGAACUGAUUGAAGAUUUCGAUAAAAAGAUUGUGGAUGUUGCAGAGGUUCCGGCCGCAGAAACCUUAACAACCGACGAUGAGGAUGAGGAAACCGUAACUGUGCCCAUGGAAUGUGAUGUAACGUCUGCCAUUUUGAAGGAGACCCAGAAAAUGAACUUGAACUCGGAUAAAACGGACUUCAGUACAAGUGGUGCUAUGAGUGAUAAUCAAAAUAACUUGGGCAGCAUUCCACCGCAGACUAUCAUCAAUGUGGACGAAAUGUUUGUCACGACUCGUGAAAGAAAGAAGCAUAAUAAGGCUAAGAGGAAUUCUGAUUCUAGUUUCACAGUUUCGACUCCAGGGUCGUCUGUUGUUGAUCUGAAGGAAACGGGUGGAAGUCAAGAGUCGGGGAUGGGGAUGGGGGUCGAUGAUGAUAUUUCAAUUUUGAUUCAGAACCAGAGUAGCGUAGAAUAUGAUGAUUCUACGUUAGAUUCGGGGGAGUUUGGCAAUCGUCGAAUUGAUAUCGCAGACAUUGUAGAGGUUCUUGACAAAGAGGACCGUGAAUAUGAACUGAAAGCACAAGCUGUUGAAUUAGAACCUAGUAAAUUUGAUUCAAAUUUCGAGGCUUUAGAUCACCAAGAGGUGAAGUCUCCCACAGCUGAAAUUUCCAAACCUAUUGUUGAACCUUCUCCGGGUGUUUACAUUGUGGAUAUGAAACAGGAUAGUGGAAAGAGCGAAAAGGAACUUGGUCCAGAAACACAAGGACACUCUGAACUUGAUGACAAGUUACCUGAGAGAAAUGGGAACUUGGGAGCUGACUUUGUUGACUCAGUGGCCAAGCCAUCGCCGGCAGUUUAUGUUGUCGAUAUGAAGAAAUCCGCAAGUUGUAAUGAUAUUAGAAAGACUCUAGUUUUUGAUGAGGAAUUGUCUAAGAGGGAAUCUACGCAGAGCUACGCAACUCCCAAGAGUUCAAACACUACGAAUGAUAGUGUGUAUGCCACUCCGCCAGAAUCAUCGGGCUCUCCGUCUUCAGAAAAGAAACGUCAAAGUGAUAUUGAUAAGUAUAUGACGCCGUGUUUGGCAGCGUAUCGUAAAGCCAGAAAAGAUAGUGUAGAGACUUCGCCAAAACUUGGUCAGUCCAGAGACAACAAACCUGUUGUAAUGAAAGAUUACACACUCAGGGGGACUUUAGAGAGAAAGCGUGAAUCCGAGGCAAGUAAUGUGUCUGACGCUUUGAAAAUACUCUUCGGGGGUGUAGGUGGUGGAUCCAAUGCUACUGCCAGACCAAAAACUAGAAUUUCAGUGGAUAAAAAUCUCUUGGAAAAAGAUGUUGAAACGGAUAAUAAGUACCCAGAUAGUGGGCAGUUUGAAGUGGAAAAGGGCCGUUUGAAGAUAUCUGCUCAUGCAGGAAAUGUGAACCAGACGCCAAGAAAUUUAGCCAAACCAGCAGAUAACUUCUUCACUCCUAUGACAUCUGUCAAGCAGAAGCCAGAGGAUAGUCAGACACCCGCCAAAAAGGUUCUGCCAAAUCUUUCCAGUCCAACACGGGAUGGUACCGUUCCUUCUGAUGCAGGGGAUGCACUCAUGAAACCCCCGCUUCCACCUCUUUCUAAGAAGGAUGGUGAUUUCUCUGCUGAUGAGCUGAGGAGGCAGAAGGAAUUGGAACGGGAGAGAAUACGAGAAAGGGCUAGGGAGAGAGCCCGAAAGAAAUCUGACGCAGAGUUGGGCGUAAAUAGUGAAUUCACACCAAGGAAGUCUAAUCGUAGUUCAUCACAAUCUCAGUCCGAUUCUGAAAGUUCGCGGCCCUCAUCUAUCUCUCCAACGAAAGAAAAAAUGUCUCUUGUUGAAAAUGUUGAAGACAGAUGGCCUGCACCCAGGGAAAGAUCCACUUCAAAAGAAAGAUCAACCUCGCUGGGGCUUGUAAGGUCACCCUCCGUAGAACGACCACAGUUGAGGUGGCCGGGAGCAGGGCCAGCCUCUCCCACCAAAGAAGACUCUGCUUUUGUGACAGAUAAACCGUCCAUUGGUGCAGAGGCAAAACAACCUGAGCCUUCUGAAGCGAAAGUCACAAAACGACCCAUGUCUCUAGUUAUGACACCAAACACUGCCAGAGAUGAACAACAUGAGCGAAGAACAAGGUCACCAUUGGAUAUUGCAUCACCGAGUGAAAAAUUGCCGCCAACUGGGAAUUUUGUUCGAGCUGACAUGAUGCGACGCUCGGUCAAAUCUUCCGAUGAGGAAUUUUCAUUGGAUCUGCGGGCAUCGAAAUAUAGUAGCACAUCAGAUGAUAGUGCAAAGGACACUGGUAGUGAUGGAUUUUUGCGGAAAACACCACGGCGCUCGCCAGCCUUUAGGAUCAAGACACAACAAAAUAGGAAUAGUUUUCUUGCCGAGUUUGAUGAUGAUUCAGACUUAAACGCGAUGUCGCCAGAAAAAGCAAAAACUGAUGCUGUAAACUCCCCUGUGACAUCAACACCGGAUGUUCCUGCGAAAACUACCCCGCAUAAUACUUUGGAGCGUUUAAAAUCUCAAGAAGGAGUAUCCUCCCCCUCAGAUGCAGACAGCAGGGUUGGUACUCCUUCUGCAUCUACUUCGGACAGUAAAACCUUCAAAAAAUUCAAAGACUUUGGGAAAAAAGAUAAGAAAAAGACGCCGAAAGUGUCAGAAGAUGAAUUAGGUGCUGUUGGUGGUGUAGAACGAAAGAAAAGUAAUGACUCUCUUGAAGAAAAGGCUGCCAAAAAAGAACGUAGAAAAUCGUUACUUAAUUUGUUCAAAACAUCGCCAAAAAAUCCCGACUCGAAGAGUCCUAAGAAAGAAAAGAAGAAGGAACAUGGGAAAAGUCCCAAUACGACUCCGAAAAUACGUUUGAAGACACCACGGUCCAAGGAGAAGAAGGAGAAGCGUAAACAACUCAUACGAGAUGCGGAGAGUGAUGGAUGCCUCGUUGACCGGGCGAAGGAAAUCAUGCUUGGUGAAGAGUCGCUGAAGAAUUUGACAUCGAUGACAUCUGCUUCACAGGAGACCUUGGGUUCAGAAGUUGAGAUGGAAGGCAAGAAGAUGAAUACGGCCAAGAAAGCCCAGUUGGCAGCGCGCCGCCAACAGAGGCAGAGGCAGUUGAAGAGAUUACGCAUGGCACAGGAGAUUCAGCGACAAUUGGAGGAGAUUGAAGUCAAACAGAAGACGAUGGAGGAACGAGGUGUCAUCGUGGAACAAGCAUUGCGUGGGGAGGGGCCAGAAUCUACAAAGCCAGAGAAGGAUUUGAUGCAGGAGUGGUUCAACUUGAUCCAUGAGAAGAAUGCUCUUGUCAGAUAUGAAUCAGAACUCAUGAUUACUGCCAGGGAAUUAGAAUUAGAGGAUCGGCACGGGCGUUUGGAAGAUAGUCUACGGGAGAGAAUGAGCAACCCAGGAACCCCAAGAAAAGGAGUCCCAAAUGACGAGAAGAAAACGCCGGAGCAAGCUGAUGAAGAAAAGAAGAUCUUGGACGAGCUUCUUGAGGUAGUGAACCAGAGGAACUCACUGGUUGCGCUGCUAGAGGAAGACAGACUCAAACAACAAAAAGAAGACCAAGAUUUACAAUCUGUGAUGACUGAGAAGGGCUUCCAGCUUUCUCCUACGAGUUAUACAAGCAAAGGCAUCCGUGCCCAGUUUGGAUAUUCGUGAUGAACGAAUACCUGGGAUACAAAGUCCUGAUAUUUAUCAGGUUGAACACCGAGACGUCACCAGUUAGCCAGUCCUUUCCAUGUAGUGCUUUGACCACUCUUGUCUCUGUUAUAGAUGCAUUGACAGAUGUGACUAUCACAUGUACCGGUAGUAAUAAAAGAAAAACGAUUACACUCAACCCAGUACCUGUAGCUGACCAUUGCCGCCUUAUAGGCAAUUCCAAAUAGUUGUCUUUGGUUUACUUAGUUCUUCAGCCUAACUGUUUGUAAAUGCCUUUCUAGCAUUUGCUUUUAUAGUCGAAAUAUCUGUGGCAUGGCUUUGUAACAUUGGCUUACUUUACUGUAAAUUAAGUCUGCAAUGUGUCAAUAGACCGAUGGUAAAUUAAGAAUACUUUGGUGAAUUUUGGCAGUGUAGAAAAUUUCAGCAGUCACUUUCUGUUUCAAGCUAUCAAUUGCUGAGGUAAAUGAUAAAAACUUGAGUCAAAUUGAAAAUUGUGUUCAUUUCUGUGAUGUGGUGAAUUUUGGUAAGGAUACGAGUGUUUAAAAUGUAAUAUUUUUUGUUACCCAUAAAUGAUAUGUCAAGUUGUGAAUGGGUGCAUUGCUCCCUUCUGUGAACCGGUAUAUUCUGUGCAAAAUCAACCAUUGGUUUCUUGUUGAAGUCGCUUCAUGGAUACCAAAAGUAUGUGACUAGAAAUAUCUUGUAGUCUUCAAAAACUUGUCGCCAAUGUCAUAUGUUUUUCAUUUCCUGAUGUACAUGUAACUAUUAUUCUCCACAAAUGUUGAUGUUGAUGUUUGUUUUCACCUGUUAGAAAACAUGAAUGCUUACAUUUCCUGUUUUGCGGUUGUUCAGGGCCAUAAUCAGUGUGGCCCUACCCCAUUGAGGAUGAGGAAGUUUAGUGUGGACAUGUGCUGGCCAAACAGUUCAUGACUUCUUCAUUGAUGGUAAGAGUUUCUCCAGAAAUCUUUAUACUUCACAUUUAUUGUUGGUGCUUUCACUAUUAUAGGUUAGUGAACAUUCAAAUUGUCAUUGUUUUUAAUGUUAACUAAUUAUAUGUAUAUUGAGAGAAACGGACUGUAGAGUUUAAUUUUGUAAUGCCGUCUUGCUGUUUAUACCUUUAUAAGUUAGGCGUGCAGAUUAAUAUUUAUUCUGGGUGGUGUUCAAAAUGAUCCAAAAUGAGUGCAACAACAUCCAGUUAUGCCAUGUGCUGUGGGUGCUUUCCUAAAAUAUCAGCUCAUCUAGUCAUGAAAUUAUUGUUCAUUGGAUUAUGUGCUCUUCUUAGCUUGUGAACAGAAUGCAGAAAUUUUAAUCAAAUUUAGAAUUAAAAUUGACAUUACAAUGUUACAUGGACUAAACAUGCACAAGUCUCAAAAUCUUUCUAGCAAGUUACACCAAAUGAAAAAAUUGAAUACAAAUUGACAAGGUUUUUCUUAUUUACUGUCAUGGUACAGCUCACAUGAUGUAGUCCUUGGUCUUAUACAUGUAUGAAAGUACCGUAUCUAAAUUGUUAUGGCAUAUUGAGGUGUGAUUGACUGACUUAUCAUACUAGGUUCUUAUCUCAACACUCUACUCGGUCUUUUUGAUGGCAUUUAUUUUUGUAUGUUGCAGAUCUUUUACUAUCUUUGGGCUGAUAUUCACAAACUGGAUCAUACUGUUUUCCUCUCUACGUGGACUUGAUGCUGAGUCUGUGUAAGGACAGAAGAAGUUUAGCUCGAAUCCUGUCGGAACAAAGGGUGGACAGUCUAACAGGUUUUAUGUUAAGAAAUCCUUUUAAAGUGUCCUUGUCCUAACACAUAACUGGUUGUACUGGAGCUUUAUGAGAAUCUCGAUUAAAGAUGCAAUCAGUUCCAACAGUCUAUCAUUGAGAUGGUUGCUAGGACAUCAUAAAGUCACUGUUCUUUAGAGGAAAUAAUAUCUUACUGACAUGUGAAAUUGUUUUUGAGGACACCUAGUGUCUGUCUCUGCUCUUCCAAAUGAGUUCAUCAUCAGAAUAAUUACCAGAAAUAAAUGUUCUUUAAUUGGGAUUCUUCUUUGCUUUGGUCACAGCCGCAACUCUAAUUGAUUCUUUUGAUUGAUGAGAAUUAUUUGUACUUGGAAACUUUGUCACUUACCCAGAGAGACAUUUGUAACUUUGAUUUGAAUAGAUGUAAAUAUAAAAGGUGUAAUAAAUGACUUGUUGAAAACCUA